AAAAUCUGGUGAAUACCCUGGCAGAGCUGAAAAAAAGCAUGACAGUCUAGCGACUGUGACAAGGCUGACAAUCGACUUACCUCCGUUCUUCAGCCCUGUCUCUUUUAAUUGGCCACCAACAAGGCGGGGAAACCUCCUGGUGUUGCGCCUGAAUGUUGAACGCAAUUUAUUUACUCCUACUCGUAUACACCUUCCAUACACUCUCCAAAACACAACAUCCCUCAACUCCUCAAAUCCAGCAAAGUCCUUUUGCACGGCAAAGAUGUGGUAAGUCCUAAAUCAAAACCAAAUUCAAAUUCAAAUCCAAAAGAAAAUUUCUAACCAAAACCCAGCAAACACAUCCUCAACGCCCAAGUCUCCAUCCGCUCCCCCUGCUGUAAGCUCCUUCCCCCCCCCUCCUCCACCACAAUACACAACAACCCACUAAUCACCCUCCCCCAUAGGCAGGAAAUGGUUCGACUGCGCAGAAUGCCACAUGGAAACCGAGACGCACGCCCUAAAACAACAAACCGAAAUGACCUUCGCAUGCAAGAAAUGCCGCAAGGUAUUUCGAAAAGACGCGCAGGAGUUUGAGGAGUCAGAUGAGUACUGUCCACAUUGCGAUAAUCACUUUGUGCUGGAGGCUGUGACGCCCAAGCCCAUGUUGAAGGUUGAGGGUGAGGAUGCGAGGGUGGAUAGUAGGAUGCUGAAGGAUGAGAGGAUUAGGGGCGAGGAGUUGAGGACGAUUUUUGAUGUUAAGGAGGCGCCUAAUAAGUUGGGUUAG